UAACACUUUCUGUUGUGCAAGAAGCGAAGAAGAGAUUGCGUACGUUCAUUUCCCCUGCUGUCGACUGUUCAUCUGCAGCCUUCCCGGGAGAUGGAAAAGAAGAGGGUGGCCAUUGUUGGAGCCGGCUCCAGUGGGCUUUGUAACAUCAAAUGCUGCUUGGAAGAAGGUCUGGAUCCUGUGUGCUUUGAAAGGAGCGAUGAUGUUGGGGGGCUCUGGAGGUUCAAGGAGAAUCCAGAGGAAGAGCGGGCUAGUAUCUACAAGUCCGUGAUCAUCAACACCUCCAAGGAAAUGAUGUGCUUCAGUGACUUCCCCAUCCCAGACGAUUUUCCCAACUACAUGCACAACUCAAAGAUCAUGGACUACUUCAGGAUGUAUGCCGAGCGCUUUGACCUUCUGAAAUACGUCCGGUUCAAGACCAAAGUCUGCAGCGUAACAAAGCGCCCCGAUUUCUCUACCAGCGGCCAGUGGGAUGUGACCACCGAGUCAGAGGGGAAGCAGGAGUCGUCCAUUUUUGAUGCCGUUUUGGUCUGCACCGGCCACCACACCAAUGCAUAUCUCCCCUUGGACUCCUUCCCGGGGAUUCAAACCUUCAAGGGCCACUACUUACACAGUCGGGAUUACAAGAGUCCCGAUGCAUUUACAGGGAAGAGAGUCGUCGUGAUCGGCAUCGGGAACUCGGGCGUGGACCUCGCGGUGGAGAUCAGCCACACGGCGCAACAGGUCUUCCUCAGCACGCGCCGAGGAGCCUGGCUACUAAGCCGUGUGGGUGAUAAAGGCUACCCAUUCGACACUGUAUUUAGCCGGGCUCAUUUACUCCUGGAGCAAAGUCUUCCCUUGUCCAUGGUCGAACGAUUCAUACAGCGCAAAUUAAAUAGCAGAUUCGACCAUUCUCAUUAUGGCUUGAAACCCCAGCACGGAUUUCGCGGCCAGCAUCCCACCGUCAACGAUGACCUCCCAAAUUGCCUUAUUUCAGGGAAAAUUGUCAUAAAAUCCAACAUCGCCGAGUUUACCGAAACGGCUGCCGUCUUUGACGACGGCUCUAAGGAAGAGGACAUAGAUUGCGUUGUCCUGGCUACAGGAUAUAGUUUCUCCUUUCCUUUCCUGGGGGACCUCAUGACGGUUGUUGAAAACCAGAUCCCCUUAUAUAAGUUUGUCUUCUUGCCUAAUCUGGAGAAACCCACCCUGGCCAUCAUUGGUCUUGUGCAACCGCUGGGGGCCAUCAUGCCCAUUGCGGAAAUGCAAGCCCGCUGGGCCACGCGGGUCUUUAAAGGGCUUGCCCAGCUGCCAUCGACAAGUGAGAUGAUAUCCGAUAUUACGGAUAAGAAGAUUUCCAUGGCAAAAAGGUACGUGAAAAGCCAACGCCACACCAUCCAGGUGGACUACACGGACUAUAUGGAUGAACUGGCUUCUCUGAUUGGGGUCAUGCCCAACAUAUGGUCCCGGUUUAUCACCGAUCCUAAGCUGGCCCAGGAGAUUUUAUUUGGGCCACGUACUCCGUAUCAGUACCGCUUGCAAGGACCAGGCAAAUGGGAGGGAGCCAGGAAAGCUGUCCUGACCCAGCAUGAACGGAUCUUGAAACCUUUGGGAACCAGGCCAGUUGCCCAAUCAGACCACCGGGCCUCGGUUCCCAUUUGGUUGAAGCUGGUUGGCCUUCUGGUUCUGCUCGCUGCAAUUUGGGCUUAUGUCUAAGUCCACCAAAGUCCUAUCCUCCUAAUCCAAUCCCAAUCUACACAGAUGCCGGCACUAUGAUUUCACCUUUGUGCCUUUAAUAACUUACCUAUUAAGCCUGCAGAUUUAAACAGGCAGGCUUGAUUUUUCUAAAAGCAGCAAAAUUUUUACCAUAUCAUGUACGUCUUUCGCCCGCAAAUGAUUAAUAUUUCUGGUUAGGGAACAAUUUUGUGUUAUUCGUUUGGUUGAUUGUACUUUUGUCGGUCAAUGAUUAAAAUAAAGAAGGGGGGGGCUGGACUAGAAGACCUCCAAGGUUCGCCUUGAACUCUUCUGCGUUCUGUAUCCCAACUUUUUGAUUCGAA